AUGGCUUAUGAAUUAUCUUCAAAAACAAUGUGGGCGCUUUCAACUAUCUUUAUUGCCUUGAUAGUGACAGGGACCAACAUCGUUGAUGCACAAAAAUCGUGCUGUUUUUCAUUGGCUUCCAGCCUUAAAACUUCGCCAGAUCAAUAUCAAAUAAAUGUGACAGCCUCUCAUGUGGACUCAAAAAAACAUAACAAUAAUUAUGCAACGGCUAUUUCUUUUCCGCAGGGUUAUAUAGUCCUGGGCAAUCCGUCGUCUCCUUUUUCAUUCUUGGAUUGCACUGUCAAUCAGCAAAUUUCCACCUCUCAGUAUGAAUGUCAAGAACAGGCUGAGCAAGAUCAAUAUUGCACUGAUCUUGCCGCUAUAAAUGAUGAUUCUAACAGUAUAUCACUGGGUCCACUUGGAACAUGGCCAAAAUAUGCGAUUAUAAUAUGUGGAGUCAUUCUCGGUCUCGCACUAGUGGGAGCUUGUUAUCUGAUAUAUAGGCGGAAGGUGACUGCCCAUGACCACAAGGAUACGUCGGUCACACCAGGAAGCAGUGAUAAGAGAGUUGAUUCUAUUUUUAAUCCUAGUUCGCUUUUACGAAAUGAAGCUGACAACGAUGAUGACGAUCCACCACCUGAACAACUACAGAAGAACACGCUCAUAUGGAUCGGUAAUGUGACAAAUGAUUCGCAUGCAAUUCCUAAACCUAAUAAUCACGAUAGCGUCAAAAUAAUAGACAUGAAUUACGGGCUCGACAACAGGAAGUCCAAUGAUCAUAAAAGGCGUGUAUCCGGUACAACGAAGAAGGAUUCCAUACACGAUUCUCAUUCAUCAACCAAGCUAUCUAAAAGUUCAUCUGUAAACGACGUUCAAAUUCACCGUCAAGAGAACAUCGUGAGCAUCAAAGUCGUAAAACGAGUAGAACCGCAUCAGGAAAAUAUCGUCCAAGAUCGGAUAGAUCGUUCUAGAAGUCAUAGAUCCACAAAACAUGAAUUACAACGCGAGUAUUCUUCGAGAACAAAACAAUUACAACGCGAGUAUUCUUCGAGAACAAAACGAGAUGACCGUAAUGAUCAUAGCUACGACCAAGAUUUGGUUGGAAACUCGCAAGAUUUAAAUCUUGCCAUAUCAACCAGAGAAAAGAAAUCAAGGCAAGAAAAGCCAACUAAAAGGGAAAAUUCAGACCACGAUUCCGAUAUUUCAUCAGGUGAUAAAUCACCAUUGGCGUUCAUAGCAUUGAACAAGAAUUUACGCACAGAUGCGUCAAAUAUUUUGACUCAAGAAGAUGACGAUGAUAGACCACUCGAAAGCAUCCUAAAUGCUAGGAGAAGUGACACGGAUGACCUUCGAACAUCACUCAGCAAACGACAAAGCAAUAACGACCAUCUCACGAGUGAACCAGAUCUAGGAAGGAAUUAUUAUGAUUCGGUAUUGGAUGAAAUGCUUGAUGCUUCUGACUACCAGGAUUCAGAAAGAAAUAGUCACAAAGACAGCGAGGAAGAAUAUCCGAUCGGUGAAAUAUUAGAAAGAAAAAGAAGCGAAAUUAGUAGCGAUGAUGAAGUACCUAUAGGCGUAUUAAAAAGUCGGUAA